GUUACUGUCUUUAGUAUAUAAACACCGCCCCUCAAAAAAAUCUCAAAUCCAUCAGCAUCAAUCCUUUCUCUCCAUUUUCUUACACUUUCUCUUCGAACACGCAACUCGGAAAAAAAUGGCUGGAGGUAUCGGAAAAUGCAGCAAGAUCCGGCACAUUGUGAAGCUGAGACAGAUGCUCCGGCAAUGGCGGAGCAAGGCGCGAAGUUCCUCUGUCAGACGCUGUGUGCCGUCGGAUGUGCCGUCAGGAUACGUGGCAGUCCACGUUGGAAGCAGUUGCAGGAGAUUCGUGGUGUGUGCUACGCAUCUGAACCACCCCAUCAUCAGAAGCCUCUUGGCCAAAGCCGAGGAGGAGUUCGGGUUUGCGAACCACGGUCCAUUGGUUAUCCCAUGUGACGAAUCGGUUUUUGAGGAAUCGAUUCGGUUAAUAACCCGGUCGUGUUGGUUUACUUGUACCGACAGUUUAAAGAAGAACCGCCGCGGUGGCACUAGGAGCAAGCUGGAUCGUUUGAUUGAAUCUCGGCCGUUGCUUUUCACCGAGAAGACUAUUAUCUGGUGAUCCACCUGAUCCCAUUUGUAUCGGGUCCAUGGUGGGGGAUACGCAGGAGAUGGCCGUGAAAGGUGUCGUCCCGGGUUCAAAUACGAGUUCAUGAGAAAAUACUCAAAAUAGUGGUCAUUAUUGGGGAUUGGCUGUAAAACAGAUUGAUCAAUUUCUAUUACAUUUAUUUAUUCAUUUGUUACUUAA